AUGAUAGGGGCUCCUAGCUACCGCAUCUGCCUCCUUGGAGUAGUGUGAAGUGCACGAUCAUUGAUAUGAAGUCACCUAAUGACAUACCGAUAGUAAGCAGUCGGACACUGGUCAUGGUGUAAUCGGCGUUAAACUCCGUUGCAAUUCUGUUAAUUUUUCUGAGAAGCUAUCCAGUCGACAGUCGGGGUGUGGGACAGUAACAGAUACCUCUGUGGCUAGCAAAUACUCUAGUAAGCUACAAGCUAAGAUUGACAUACCUGUCGAAUCCCGUGUAUAUAGCUCGCUAGCGUUGGCUAGUUAGACAAACGUCAGUGCAGCUAUGUUUGUGCAGGAGGAAAAGAUAUUUGCGGGAAAAGUUUUAAAGAUUCACAUAUGUACCAUGGAGGGUACGGAAUGGCUGGAGGAAGUUACAGAGGACACCACUAUUGAAAAACUUAAAGAGAGGUGCCUGAAACACUGUACACAUGGAAGUCUGGAAGAUCCGAAGGUUCUAACACACCAUAAAAUCAUUCAUGCUGCAUCAGAACGGGUCCUCGUAGAAACCAAAACAGUGGCCGAAGAGAACAUAAAAGAUAAAGAUGUACUUUUGUUGAUUAAGAGAAGACAACAACAGAUACCUAAAAUGGUAGAUAUUGCAGCAGAGGAAAAGAAAAAACAAGAAAGCAAAGCGCCAGACAAAGAUGCCAUUCUUAAAGCCACCGCUAACCUAUCCAUCCGGCACACAGACCGCACAGUUACUCAGCACAAUAUUCGGGAUUUUCAGACAGAGCUAAGGAAGAUCCUUGUAUCCCUCAUCGAAGUGGCACAGAAACUUCUGGCUUUAAACCCUGAUGCCGUCGAGCUCUUCAAGAAAGCCAACGCCAUGUUGGAUGAAGACGAGGAGGACCGAGUGGACGAGUCGGCCCUGCAGCAGCUGACAGAGAUGGGCUUCCCCGAGAGCCGGGCGGUCAAGGCCCUGCGACUCAACCACAUGUCGGUGACCCAGGCCAUGGAGUGGCUGAUUGAGCACGUGGACGACCCCACCGCGGACGCCCCCCUGGUCAACCAGGAGGCCUCGGGAGCUGGAGCUGGAGCAUCAGCAGGGGCGAGUGGGGCGUCAGCAGCCUCUGCCUCGGGGGCCUCAGCCUCUGCUUCGGCCUCGGCUUCCAGCUCCCUCUCCUCCCGGAUAUCGGAGGGCUCCAGCGCAGCAGAGGCGUCCAAGCAGGACGAGCUCACGGAGAUCUUCAAGCGGAUCCGGCGGAAACGCGAGUUCAGGCCGGACUCACGGGCUGUCAUUGCGCUGAUGGAGAUGGGCUUUGACGAGAAGGAGGUGAUCGAUGCCCUGCGGGUCAAUAAUAACCAACAGGACGCAGCGUGUGAGUGGCUGCUGGGGGAUAGGAAGCCUUCCCCAGAGGAUCUGGAUAAGGGCAUCGACACCAACAGCCCCCUCUUCCAGGCCAUACUUGAAAACCCUGUGGUACAGCUCGGCCUCACCAACCCCAAAACUCUAUUAGCUUUUGAAGACAUGCUGGAGAAUCCUCUGAACAGCACGCAGUGGAUGAACGAUCCCGAGACGGGGCCGGUGAUGCUUCAGAUAUCACGAAUCUUUCAAACCCUCAACCGCACAUAAAUGGCGUACAGUACAUACAUGCAUACAGUACAUGCAUUACACAUACCUCAAUGCGGGGGUCUGUGUGGGUGUGCAGCACUGUGCACUGUGGGAGUGUCCAUCCACCCUCAAGCGUCACGGGAGGCCAUGAAUGUAAUAGUAAUAACUCGAUAAUAUUAUUGCAUAGUCCACAGAGAUUCUGCACACCUUCUUGACUUUUUUAUAUAUAUAUAUUUAAAAAAAAGAUCUGUUACUGUUUGUGCGUGCGUGCGUGCAUGUACUGUGUGUAAGUGGGUUUGUGUGAAUGGGUGUGUGAGUGAGACUGAAAGAGAGGGAUAUAUAUAUAUAUAUAUAUAUAUAUAUAUAUA